AUGUCAGAAAAUUCCAUUCGCGGCAGUCGGGAUCAAGCUUCUAGAGUGCUUAAGUCAAACGCAUAUACAGGAAGACGCAGUGGAACCCCAGACUCUCCCAACUCAGGUCAAGGUGCCGCUAGUCCUGUACCGAAUGCCGGCCCUGGGAGUCCUACUUCAACCACCAGUUCAGUGACCAACCACCACCCGGUGUCCCAUGUUCAGCAUCACCCAAACCAUCGACCAUAUACACAGCGUGGGAGACAUCGAGGAGAUGGUGGCUACUUCGGAGGUCACAAUCAUCUUGGUGGUCAUCAUUCUGGGUCGUACCGUAGACCAUCGCCUCCCAUCCCCGGUCCACCCUUUUCAAAAGCCCUCGUUGACUUUAUGAUAAAGCAGUGGAAUGAUUUUGAGGUAAACUACAAGAAGUCUCGCGGUGAACCGGUCGAUAAUGGUCUAAUGCCACCGCCUGCCGCUCCGACUUCCCCGCGAGUUCCAACUUCCCACAUGAAUUCUCCUCAUCGAGGACAACACACGCGUUACCCUUAUCACCAAAAUUCCACGGGAAACAGCUGGUCCGUGAAUAGUGGAGGGGGACGGCGAUUUUCCGAUAAUGGCGACCACUCUAACACCGGGUCUCUGAGGCGUCAUCAUGCAAGAGAUAACUCAUCGUGGCAAAGGAGUAGUAUACUUGGCAACCGACAGAAUUCUCCCAACAAUACCCUCAAUCGCCCAGCAGGUCCACGGCAUCUGCAGCACCCACAUCGUCCCGUGGCCUCCCCCACUCCCCCUCCUGUCGCCGAAGCGACGUCGAAGAAGGCGGGCAAUGCGGGAGGUUCUCCGGUCGUGGAAGCUGCGGCAGCUCAACUUGAGACGCUCACGAUCAAGAGCUCUGAGGCACAGCAGCAAGAGGUUGCGAGCACUUCUUCCGAGACUGCUGCUGCUGCUUCUGCCGCACGCAAGAAAAACACUGGUUACAAUGGUCCCUUCGGGGCUGCCGCCUCAACAAUUCCUGUCCCAUUCUUGCAUCUUUCUCCCGGCGUCAGUCAUCCUGCUGCCGACAGCUUGGCUAAUCGACUUGGACCCACUGUACUGAUAGCCAUGGGUCUACAGCUCCAUAGUUGUCGUUGUCGACAGCUAGAAUUAACUACUGGAUUGCCUUCAGCCUACAACGUCGGACGAGAGAGCCUGCUUUUUUGGAGAGAUUUCCCGACGACGGUGAACUGCUGUCUCCCUCCAAGCUAUUUAGUCACCAAGGCGUUGGCGAAGGGGAAUUUCGUGGUGUGCCUCAAGCCCCCUUCGACUACCUUUGCAAGCGAAGGUGGUGCCAACGGCGAAGUGAGGACCGCGGAAGACGAAAAAUGCGCUGUUUCCAGCACCUCCCCAAACGAUGAGGCCUCGCGCACCUCACCUAGGGUGAAGCACCAGCAGCAGCACCAAACCCCUUCACACCAUCAACACCAGCGCUACAUUCACCCACCCAGACGCAGAGCCGCCACGACCCAGAGCAGUGGCAGUGGCUUGCAAGUUGGCACUGCCGCCUUCUCCCUUCCAGCCUCCGUGGCCGGAGGAUCGGCCCCACGAGCCUUGGAAACGGCCUCUGUUGCCUCGUCCAGUUUUUGCAGCCUCAUUGACCAAGUCGACGCCAUGUCAUCAGCGGAUCAAUACUUCACGCCAGAACCUCCAUCCUCUCCCUCAAGCCCUUCUGUGUCUCUUUCAGUGGGCGUCGAAGGCGCAGCGCCCUCGAACACCGCGCACUUCUUCCAGGCCCCCUACGCAUCUGGUGAUAACUCAGAGGCCGCGGCGACGGCGGCGUCUCCCACCUCCGCGCAAGCCGGCGCCGCCUCCAUCGCGACGGAUCGAUAA